AUAAGAGUUAUAGGGGUAUUACUUUGAAAGGUUUUUCUUUUAUUUCACUUUUCCACUGUGGUUGCAGAGUGUAAAUGCGUUUUGUCAAGUGCUUGUUACUAGCAGAAUGCACUAAUAGUUUGAUUGAUACAUCACCUACUUCAUUUUGCAGUGGUCAUUUUGAUAAUCAGGAAAAUAUACAAGUAGAACAUCACCAAACAGUGAGACAGUAGCAAAUCUCAGAAGGCAAUGGCGGAAAUUGUGAUUCUUCUAACCAUUAAAAAGAUUGGAAGUGCCUUGGCAAGUGGAGCGGCUGACCAGGCAAGCGCUCAAUUUGCAAAGUACGGGACACGACUAAUAGAGCUACAGGGCAGCAUGGGUCGGGUAGCGAGGGAGCUACGUGUAAUUCAUGAUGUUCUCUGUCAAAUGGACAUUAGAAACCAGAACAAUCAAGUGUACGAGGGCUGGUUGGAGGAGGUACGGAAGGUAGCACAUGUGAUGGAGGACAUGGUGGACGAAUACUUGUAUCUAGUUGGUGGAAAACAUGAUAUAGGGUGUUGCUUUUACAUGAAAAAAGGGUUCAGAAAACCAAGAUCUCUGCUUUCUUUGAAACGGAUAGCUUUCAAGGUGAAGGAAAUAGAGAAAGACCUUACACACUUGUCAGAGACAAAAAAACGUUGGGUUUGCAUGAUAAACAAUGAGGAUACUAGCAGCUCAAGUUACAUUGUCAAGAGGUCCCAAGAUCUAGCAAACAUUUCACGUUCUCUCGAUGAAGAAGAUCUAGUGGGGGUGGAUAAGAACAGAGAAAAACUCGAGCAGUGGUUGGCAGAUGGUGAUUUGGAACACUCCGUGAUAGCACUGCUUGGAAUGGGAGGGCUUGGUAAAACAGCUUUAGCUGCAAAUGUGUAUAGGAAAGAGAGAGCGAAAUUCCAGUGCCAUGCUUGGGUAUCCAUCUCGCAAACCUAUUCUAGAGAAGAUGUCUUCAGGCAUAUAAUCAAGGAGCUUUUCAAAGACAAAGUCAGUGCUCUAUUUAAUGCUGCAGCGAUGGACAUCACAUCCCUUGAAGAGACACUGAAGGGAUAUCUAGAGCAAAAGAAGUAUCUGAUCAUAUUGGAUGAUGUUUGGACUCCAGAAGCAUUUGAUGACUUGUGUAGGGUGCUUAUUCAUAAUGAUAAGGGUAGUAAACUGAUAAUCACAACGAGAGAAGGCAAUGUUGCUGCACUUGCCUCUCGAGGACAUGUCUUAACACUAGAAGCUUUACCAGAAGACAAAGCAUGGGAUCUCUUUUGUAAGAAAGCCUUUCCCAGAGAUAUAAAUCAUGAGUGUCCUGCACAGUUGAAUCCUUUGUGUGGAGAAAUAGUUAGCAAGUGCAAAGGCUUGCCUCUUGUUAUUGUCUUGUUCCCAGAAGACUAUAUUUUCAAAAGGAAACAACUUGUAAGGUUAUGGACAGCAGAGGGGUUUAGUGAGGAGAGGGGUGAAAGCACAUUAGAAGAAGUUGCAGAGGGCUAUCUGAAGGAGUUGAUUGAUAGAAACCUGCUACAACUUUUUAAAAGGAACUCAUUUGGUAGGAUGAAGAAAUUCAGAAUGCAUGAUAUCUUACGUGAAUUGGCACUUGAUUUGUGCCAGAAGGACUGUUUUGGUGUUACAUAUGAGGAUAAAUAUGGUGAGUCUCUUCAGAUGGAUGGACGUCGAUUGGUGUUGCACAAACUACAGAGGGAUAUUCAGCAGCCAAUUUCUAGUAUACACCGAUUUCGAACUGUCAUUACACUGGACGAUAGCAUGCCAUCAUUUACUCUACUACCUCUGCUGUGUAAUAAGUCAAGAUAUAUGGCAGUGCUAGAAUUAAGUGGUCUACCCAUAAAGAAGAUUCCAGAUGCUAUUGGAGAUCUUUUUAAUCUCCGCCAUUUGGGCUUGCGUAAUUCAGAAGUGAAGAUGCUCCCGAAGACUGUUGAGAAGCUUUCUAAUUUGUUGACACUUGACCUUCAUGGAUGUGACAUACAGGAGUUGCCUAGUGGGAUUGUGAAACUGAAGAAGCUUAGGCAUUUAUUUGUUGAGAAUUUCUUUUAUGUUGAUAGGAGAGAGAUUCAGUGUUGCACUGGUAUGCGUAUCCCUAAUGGUCUUGGAAAUCUAACACAUCUGCAAACACUACAAGCAUUGGAAGCACAGGAUGAGUCUAUUAGACAUUUAGGGGAACUGAGGCAACUGAGAAGCUUAAGGUUGUGGAAUGUGAAGGGAAUUUACUGUGGAAGAAUCAGUGAAUCUCUAAUUCGGAUGCAGUAUUUGUCGUACCUUGAUGUGAAUGCAUGUGAUGAGAACGAGGUUCUAUUGUUGAAUGUUCUCAACCCGGAUCUGCAAAAGCUAUGUUUGACUGGACGAUUAGCAGAAGGGGCGUUAGACGAAUCUCCCAUCUUCCAAGCUUUUGGGGGGCAGAACUUGUGUUCAUUGGCGCUAUCAUGGUCACACCUCAGAGAAGACCCCCUUCCAUCCCUUUCUCGGUUGUCAAACUUGACGCGUCUACAAUUCACCAGAGCAUACAACGGACAACAGUUGGCAUUUCUUACGGGGUGGUUUCCCAAGCUAAAGAUUCUCUCGCUAAGAGACCUGACUAAUCUGAGUCGGCUAGAGAUACAGCAAGGUGCCACGGCGAGCCUAGAAAAAUUAGCACUAGUCAAUCUCAAUAGCAUGACGGAGGUCCCACCUGGCAUUGAGUUCCUCACGCCUCUCCGGUUUUUAGGCUUCCUUGAAAUCACUGGUGAUUUCUUGAUGCUGUUGCGCCAAUGUUCUGCAAUUCAAGGGACGCAGUGGCAGUAUUCUCUCCGAGACUGA